AUGGGCCUCACACCAGUACAUUUCUUCUCCCAUGGCUCCACCAUGAUGCUGGGAGAAGAGUCCGAAAGUGCUGACUAUUGGAAAAAAUGCGGAGAUGAAGCAUUGGCACAGGGAAUCAAGGGAGUUGUGAUCAUGGGCGCGCAUUGGGACUGUUACGGCGACAAAAUCGAACUAGCAACCAAUCCAAACCCCGACAAAAGUCCAGUCGCCUAUGUCAAGCCUGAGAAGUAUGUCAACUACAAACUCAACCCAGACCUGGAGACAACCGAUCGAUGCAUCAAGAUGCUCGCCAAGGAAGGAUACAAUGUCGGCGGUAACCCAACUUUCGACUGGAUCCACGACGUCUAUCUCAUUCUCAUCCGCAUGUUUCCUGCUGGCUGUCCACCAACAACGCUGAUCUCGAUGAACGCCCGGUACGAUCCCCAUUUCCACAUGAAGAUUGGCGCAACACUACGACCCCUACGCAAGGAGAAUUAUCUCAUCAUCGGAACGGGAGGUGCAGUUCACAAUCUGUACCGCAAUCGCUGGGCGCCCAUGCUUCGGUUCCGGGAUAACUUCGCCAUGGAGACGCCGCCAGAGGAUUGGGCAAUGGAGUUCCGACAGUCAGUGGAGGAUGUCAUCACCAAGACAUCGGGGCCGCAGCUUCGCGCGGCCAUGACCCGGCUUAUGAAGCAUCCUCGAUUUAGAGAUGCGCAUGCUACGGAUGAUCACUUCAUGUCGGCGAUGUUUGUGGCGGGUGCGGCUGGUGAUCCUGAGGAUGAGAACACACCUGCUGUGCUGGCUGCAGAGAGCUGGGAACUGACCAACAUGUGUAACUCUCAGUUUACCAUUGGUCGUUGGUCCAAGGAAAUUGCUGUGUAG